AUGUCGGCCGUCUCUCAACUUGACGCGGCUUUUCCGACGCAGGGCGUCUACACGCAGAACACCGGUGCGCUCCACAUCGACGUGAAGCCGUUCGUGUACGGGCACAGCCCCGAAUCGAGCAGCAGCAAUGAUGCACACACCUCAUCCUCCCACACAACAGUUGAAGAAAACGACCAUGCUGAUGAGGACAUUGAUGUGAUCUCUGGAGAUGAACACACAGACAGCGGCAACAGCAGUGCCCCCUCCCCAAUUGAGGAAAAUGAAACUAAGCCGAUCAGCCAGAUAAAAGCGGAAACCGAGCUCAGCGUCGACACCCAGCAAACACCAACGAUUUCUCAGGAAGCGAAAUUUAACAGCUUCAAGGAAUUCGAGUACGCGUUCGACCUGUGGAAAGCCGUCUACCAUCACCCGUUCCGGACAGCCAGCAGCGAGACACUUCGCGAGCCGGACGGCCACGUUAACGAGAAGUUCAAAUACCGCUACAUCGUCUUCCACUGUGCCCACUAUGGACAGCCAAGGAUGCGAGGCGUCGGCAAGCGGCCCAACCAGAACUAUCUGCCGUGCGGGUGCAAAGCCAUGCUCAGGCUCAACUAUAAUUUCAACGAGAAGGUGCUCAAGGUGACCACGUUGCAUGAGGAACACACUGGACAUGAUCUUAAUGAGGGGCCAGUGGCGAAGAAGGCGAAGCGGUCACCAGAAGCAGUUUCCCCGGCACCAACCCCCAAGCACAAGAAGGAGGAGAUGAAGCAGUCCCCAGCAAGCUCUACAAAAUCCACAGCUACUUCGAACUCGACGGCCACUAGCAGUGCGGCUCCGAUGACGCCUCAGAGCCUCCCUCCUCUACCUUCACUUCCGUCUGUUGGAACCUCCCUGACCCCGUUGAGCUCGUUGUCCAACUUCCCGUCAGCUAACCUGGCGGCCUUCAUGGGCAGUCAAAACCUCGCCGCCAUGCUUGUGCAGCAGCAAAAGGAAAACCUCUUGCUCCCGCCGCCCACUACCGCUUCGAUCCCGACACCAUCGUAUCUCAACUCGCCGGCUCCUCAGCGGCCGUUUGUCAACACGACCAACUUGUUGCAGAAUGCCUAUCAGCAGAAUGCUCUCAUGAGCACAAUGCUCAGCCUGCAGCAUCAAUAUGCUAUGAUGCAGCAGCCGACUCAUGGUCUCAUGGCCCCGUUGAUCCCACCACCAGCUGAGCCGACACCAACGAGUAUGGGAGGGUCCAUCGAGAAUACGCAGCUUAGCUCUGACCCGAUCGUUGAGACAAAGCCGCUGAUUAUCGCUCCGGAAACGAAUCUGGAAAACAUGCAUCUGCCGACGAUCGUCGCCCCACAGCCAAUUCUGCGCCCCAAACCGGCGUUGUACGCUGAUUUUGAUAUUACCGAUCGUAAAGGCGAGGUCCGAAAGACGCUCAACCUGCUCUCGGAAGUCCUUGAAGCCACCGAAGGGCCGGCCCUUCAGCAAAAGCUCGGCUUCCUCUACAAUCUCUACCACUCCUGGAAAACUGAAGUGAUCCCGAAG